AUGACGAUUGCACUCUGGUACUGCCCGCAGCAGGGUUCUGCUGCGUAUGAGAUUCUCGAGCUGUUGAUCGAGUCCCUCCAAAGCAUAUUCCCCAGCUCGCCAAGGUUCGAGCCACACAUCACGAUCACGAAUAACCUGGUGUGCAACGACCCGGAUGACGUGAACAAGAUUCUGACCUCCUGCGUCGCUGCGGUGCAGUCGAUCAAGCCGCUACUCGGGUCUGCAAGCAGCGGCGGACAGCUGGUCUCAUUCAAGCGCUGCAGCGUGGGAAAGAAGUUCUUCGACAAGGUGGUCCUUGAGUGUCACGAAAACAGAUACCUGAUCAGCAUUGCCCAGAUCAUGAGAGAACUUUACGUCGAGAUAGACGACACAUCCCGGAGCCAGAGGGCGGCGACGUGGGCUCGAGACGAGUUUCGCCCGCAUCUCUCGCUGCUGUACUCCGAGACCUACCCCAUCAGCCAGGCGUUCCUGCGGAUUAUACAGCAGAGGAUAGAAGACGCCCUGGAUGUCCAAUUGCGCAGCCUGCCCGCGACGGGCGGCGACCGCCAGCUCGCCUGGCAGCUUUCCACCACGCCGACUUGCUCGUGGAGUCUGCCGGGCACUUUCAAGGUGGUCAAGUGCGAGGGCCCCGUCGACGAAUGGCAAGUGCUCGGGAGAACAGAUGUCUGA